AUGCACUCUGCCUGCCUCACAGUUUGCCUCCUCUGCCUCAUCUAUUUCUCUGCAGCUUGUUACAUUAACAACUGCCCCGUAGGAGGCAAAAGAUCCAUCAUGGACAUGGAGAUCAGACAGUGUAUGUCAUGCGGUCCUAGCAACAGGGGCCACUGCUAUGGAGCCAACAUUUGCUGUGGGGAGGAGAUUGGCUGCUACAUCGGAACGUCUGAGACACUGAGGUGUCAGCAGGAAGACCACCUGCCCUCCCCUUGUGAACCCACUGGCAGAGCCUGCGGUAGAAAUGGCGGGAAAUGUGCAUCGUCAGGAAUCUGCUGCACCGAGGAGAGCUGUGCCAUGGAUCCCAUGUGUGAAACCAGGACCAUCUUCUCUUCAGAUUAA